AUGGAGCAUGGGACGGCCGUCUCCAUUGCCUGGCCAGAGCAGUGUGAUCUGACCCACAGGAGGAUGACCCUUCCUCCACCGACCUUCACGUCCACUCAGGCAGGGAAGCACCUGAAGUCAGUGCAAAGUUGUGGCAUGGGACAACAGGCUGUGUGGAGAAGAGACAAUAGCAGGAAACAUUUUGAACUCCCUGGUGCUCUGUGCUGGGUCCACACUGGGCGGGGGAGGGACUGGUCUGAGUGGACACUUCCCGAGUCCGAAGGAAGGAGUUUGGAGACCGGCACCUUGCCUCUGGUGGUCAGCAGGACCAGAACAGAGGGGGUGAACGCUAAAAGGGAGGCUCUGCCUCUGGAAACCGCUGAAGAUUUAGCUGGCUCAGGUUAUCCUAAUACCACUCUGCAAGGUAAGAAGAUGGCCUAUCAGAAGGUCAAUGCAGAUCAAAGAGCUCCAGGACACUCACAGUUCUUAGACAAUGAUGACCUUCAAGCUACUGCCCUUGACUUAGAGUGGGACAUGGAGAAGGAACUGGAGGAGCCUGGUUUUGACCAGUUCCAGCUAGACAGUGCUGAGAAUCAGAACCUGGGGCACUCAGAGACUGCAGACCUCAAUCUUGAUUCCAUUCAACCAGCAAUUUCACCGAAAGGAAGGUUCCAGCGACUUCAAGAAGAAUCUGACUACAUUACCCAUUAUGCAAGACCUGCACCAAAGAGCAACCGCUGCAACUUUUGCUACCUUUUAAAAAUACUUUGCACAGCCACUAUUUUAUUUAUUUUUGGAAUUGUGAUAGGUUAUUAUGCACAUAAAAAUUGCCCUUCAGAUGCAACAUCUUCGGAAACAGUUUAUCCUCAGUUAUACCAAGAAAUUCUCAAGACAAUCCAAGCAGAAGACAUUAAGAAGUCUUUCAGAAAUUUCAUACAACUGUAUAAAAGUGAAGAUGACAUGGAAAUUUCAAAACAGAUUAAGACUCAUUGGACUUCUUUGGGCCUAGAAGAUACACAGUUUGUAAAUUACUCUGUGCUGCUUAAUCUGCCAGGCCCUUCUCCCAGUACUGUGACUCUGAACAGCAGUGGUCAAUGCUUCCAUCCUGAUGGCCAGCCUUGCAGCGAAAAAGCCAGAAAAGACAGCAGCCAAGAUGUGCUCUACUCAUAUGCAGCCUAUUCUGCCAAAGGAACUCUCAAGGCUGAAGUCAUUGAUGUGAGUUAUGGAACUGCAGAUGAUUUAAAAAGGAUUAAAAAAAUGAAAAAUGUAACAAAUCAGAUUGCACUCCUGAAAUUAGGAAAACUGCCACUGCUUUAUAAGCUUUCCUUAUUGGAAAAGGCUGGAUUUGGAGGUGUCCUUCUAUAUAUUGAUCCUUGUGAUUUACCAAAGACUGCAAAUCUUAGCCAUGAUACUUUCAUGGUGUCACUGAAUCCAGGAGGAGAUCCUUCUACGCCUGGUUACCCAAGUGCUGAUGGAAGCUUUAGACAAAGCAGAUCGAACCUCACCUCUCUGUUAGUGCAGCCCAUCUCUGCAUCCCUCGUCGCAAAACUGAUCUCUUCAGUGAAAGCUAGAACCAAAAAUGAUGUCUGUAACCCUCUAGAACUUCCAAAUAAUGAAAUAAGAAUUGUCAGCAUGCAAGUUCAAACAGUCACGAAAUUCAAAACAGUUACUAAUGUUGUUGGAUAUGUAAGAGGCUUGGCAUCCCCAGACCGGUAUAUUAUAGUUGGCAGCCACCAUCGUACUGCAUACAGUUAUAAUGGACAAGAAUGGGCCAGUAGCACGGCAAUAAUCACAGCUUUUAUCCGGGCCUUGAUGUUAAGAGUGAAGAGAGGGUGGAGACCAGACCGCACUAUUGUUUUCUGCUCUUGGGGAGGAACAGCUUUUGGCAAUAUUGGCUCAUAUGAGUGGGGAGAGGAUUUCAAGAAGGUUCUGCAGAAAAAUGUUGUGGCUUAUAUUAGUCUCCAUAAUCCCGUACGGGGUAACUCAAGUCUCCAUCGUGUAGCAUCACCAUCUCUUCAGCAACUAGUAGUAGAGAAAAAUAAUUUCAACUGUACCAGAAGAGCUCAGUGCCCAGAAACCAAUGUCAGUUCUGUACAGAUACAAGGUGAUGCUGAUUAUUUCAUCAACCAUCUUGGAGUUCCCACCGUGCAGUUUGCUUAUGAGGACAUCAAGGCAUUAGAGGCUCCAAGUUUUCUCUCCGAGGCCCUUUUUCCUAGACAUGCAACAAAAAUUGAAGAAAUGGAUCCUUUUUUCAACCUUCAUGAAACUAUUACCAAGUUAAGUCCAAUCAUCUUUUUAAAAUUAUCAAACCAUCCUUUGCUGGCAUUAAAUUCUCUAGCUUUAGCUCAGGAUGAACAUAACAGCCUGAAGGGUGAUCAACCCAACACUCGUCAGCUGCUAGCCCUGGCAUCACACCUGAGGGAGAGUGCUGAAAUCUUUCAGUCAGAUGAGAUGCGACCUGCUAAUGAUCCCAAGGAGAGAGCUCCCAUCCGCGUCCGGAUGCUGAAUGACAUUCUCCAAGACAUGGAGAAAAGCUUCCUGGUGCGGCAGGUGCCACCAGGUUUUUAUAGAAACAUCCUGUACCACCUUGAUGGGAAGACAAGCCAAUUUUCAAUACUCGUGGAGGCCUGGGAGCACUGCAAGCCACUUGCAUCAAAUGAGACCCUUCAAGAAGCCCUAUCAGAAGUGUUGAACAGCAUUAAUUCUGCUCAGGUUUACUUCAAAGCAGGACUUGAUGUGUUUGAGAGUGUCUUGGUUGAAAAGAACUGA